GGGAGCAAGGACAGGAUCCCGACCGUCAGUUCCCGUUCGAGCACGGGCGGUGCAGACGAAGCGUCCGUCUCUUUGGCUCCCUGCGGCCGCAGUUUUCCUUCCCAAAGGGGAAAAAAAGAGAGAGAGAAGAGGAGAAAGUCUGCAGAAAUCGAGAUCGGAGGCACAGCUCGAGGGAUUUGUAUUUGUAUUUGCCUGGGUUUGGGGGAAGGCUAGGGAAGUUCAUCACAAGAUAGGAUUUCAGAAUUUUAUGGACUUUGAUUGCAAUAAGGCAGGAGAGUCUUCAGCCAAGCAUUGUUUUAGCAUUUGCAACGAGGGCACACUCAUCCAGGCAAACACCUUAACUCAUUGUGGAAAGGCUAAAAAGUGGAAUAGCCUCAACAAGUUGAACAACCCGGAGUCAAGUCAUGGAUCACUUCCAAGGGUUACUGACCCCAAGGAAGAUGGUGAGACAGGAAAUGAUGGAACUGCCUCAGAGUGUAGCACUAUGUGCUUCACUGAUCUGCCGUCUGCAUUGGUCUGUGAAGUCCUUGCGCGCCUUGAUCCAAAGGGGCUUGGGGUUGUAUCUUGUGUCUCCACAGUUCUGCAGACCCUAGCCACAGAUCAUCAGGGAUGGAAGAAAUUCUACUGUGAGAGGUGGGGACUUCCGAAUGCUCCCAUCGGACCCCUAGUUCCAGGUGGAACCCCAGAUGGGAGGUCGUGGAAAGCAUUGUUUGUGGAUCGGGAGUUUCAAAGUAGAUCAUUCCUGGGAAGAUUUAGUGUGGAUGUUCUCCGCGGUCACAAUGAGGAUGUACGCACUGUGUACCUUCUGGCGUCAGCAAAUCUGAUAUUCACUGGUGGCCAUGAUUCUGUGGUUCGGAUGUGGAAUAUGGAGGAAGGUCUACUGAUUGAUGAGUCCCGCCCAUUUGGUUGCACUAUCCGGGCAAUUGCAGCUGACAGUAGGCUUUUGGUAACUGGAGGAUCCAAAGCCUUCAUUCAGUGUUGGAGGGCUAUUGAGGGGGCCUCGCACCUUUUCCACAUUUCUGGGAAUGGUACUAACCAGAAUUCUGAAUUUCGCCUAUGGGGGCAUGAAGGGCCUGUGACUUGUCUUUCCUUGGAUUCAACAAGGAUUUACAGUGGUUCUUGGGAUAUGACUGUUCGUGUUUGGGACAGAGCCGAGAUGAAGUGCGUGCAAAAGUUCAUGCAUGCUGACUGGGUUUUGGCCCUGGCUCCUCAUGGAAAUACUGUUGCCAGUACAGCUGGUAGAGACGCAUAUGUGUGGGAUAUCGGAAGUGGUGAAUUAACAACUAUAAUUUCCAAUGCCCAUGUUGGUAAUGCAUAUUCUGUAGCUCGAACACACCUGGCAGGUUUGCUGUUUACUGGAGGAGAGGAUGGGGCAAUUCGCUUGUUCGAUGUUUCUGAGAUAUCUGAUAAUGAGAAUAUUAAACCAGCUGCCACUUGGUUGCCGCAUUCUGGCCCUGUUCAUUCUCUUGCUUUUGAGUACCCAUGGCUUGUUUCUGCCUCUAGUGAUGGCAGGAUCGCACUAAUUGAUUUGAGGAAGAUCCUGACCCCCCUAAACUCAUCAAAGCGCCGAUUCAGGGUUAAGCCCUUCGAUCCAAGCACCGUAGAGCCUCCACAGCGAAUGCUUCAUGGCUUUGGAUGCUAUCUUUUCUCCAUCGGCAUCGGUGCAGAUAGAAUCAUAUGUGGAGGCGAGGAUGGCGCUGUCAGGGUCUGGAACUUCUCAGAAGCACUGGAGAUUGAGAAGAAGGCACAGGCUUUAAGGAGUCUGAGGCAGGAGAACCGCAUGAGGCGGAGGAAGGCACAAGUGGAGAUGAAUGCAAAUGGUAGAAGGGUUGACCAUUGCUCAGUAGCCAUGAAAAGGAACCCAUUGAAGGGUGAUAAGAGUGUCACCUGGCAAAUCAAGCGUCCCAUCGGUGACAAGGUCAAGUCUUAGAUUGGGUAUUUGUACCCUUCGUAAUAUAACAUUUUUCUUUUCCGAUUCCACCCAUAAGCUUGGUUUGCUACAUGUAGGUCAACAUUUGGCAUUUUCAUAUAUUCAACUUAUAUCUAGUGCACUGUGGUCGCAUUUAAUAUGUAUGCAAUUCUUAUUGACCUGGUGUACAUUGGGUCCAAUGGAAGAAAGUUUUCCAUACGUCCUUCUGUUUCCA